AGCAAAAUGGCUGCGCCCAUGUGGCGAAGUGCAGUUGAGGAUUAUAUCGUAGGACUUGCUGCUAAUUCCUCAGCCGAUAUUGUCAGUGAUUUACUGAAGAAAAAUGUUACACUUGUGGAAAUUGUUGAACAUGUGGGAUCCUCCUUAACUAAUCCGGAUGCCAGUGUGAGAGCUCGAGGUGUACAACUGUUAGCAGAUAUUGCUCAUGGCUUGCCAAGAGGGACUUUAAAUGAAAAGGAAACUGACAUACUGGUGACGUACAUGGUGGAGAAACUAAAGGAUCAUCAUUCUAUCCAACCCCAUGCCUUGUAUGGACUUUUAGCCUUGACUUCCUGUUCUUUACCAGAUGGUGCUGCCGGAAAAAUUUGCCACGCCAUUUUUACAGAGGUGUACAACCAAUCCCUGGCCCAACGCGACAGGCGAUCUGUUUACCAGAUCUUGUUGAACUUACUGAAAUCUAGAUUAAAAGAACUAGAGAAGAUGUCUGGGGAGUUUGUACAUGGUUUUAUCCAGGCUCUGGAUAUGGAGAAGGAUCCCCGGAACCUGGUCAUCGCCUUCCAGUGUGUGGAGACCAUCUGUCACAAUUUGUCCCUAGGUGUUUUUGUUGAGGAAAUGUUUGAAGUCUUCUCCUGUUACUUCCCGGUGGACUUUUCUCCCCCGCCUGAUGAUGUGUUAGGAGUUAAGAGGGAAGACUUAGUACAGGGACUGGAGAGAUGUAUGUCUGCCUCAGCCAAGUUUGCCCCUUUCUGCUUACCAUUACUACUGGAGAAGAUUUCAUCAAACCUGUCCAGUGCCAAGAUAGAUUCAUUCCAUGCCCUGGUCAAGUGUUCAGAGGUGUAUGGAGCCUCUGGCUUACAGGAGUUUCUGGGAUCUUUGUUUUCCAGCAUCAAAAGGGAGGUGUUCUCUUCAGGUGACCAGGUUAUUGAGGAUGCGGCUCUGAAUGCUCUGACAGCCAUUGUCAAAACUCUGUCAAAUUCAGUAAAUGAGAAGGGCAGUGUCUCGUCUUUGGAUUCAUUCCUGGAUGAUGUUUUAAAGGAUUGUAGGGUAGCCCUAAAGGAGCCAGGUCUGCGUUUGUUUGCACCUACUGCUCGUAUGCUACAGGCCAUGGGAGGAAGUUCUGACCCAGCCUUCUGUAAAAUAGCCCAGGUUGUCAUGCCAACACUGAUGGAGCAGUUUUCGUCUCAUACACAGGUCACAGAAAGAACAGCCAUUUUAAAUGUUGUACAGAACUUUGUGAAACUCUCCAAUAACUUCACUUUCACAACAGAAGUGGAUAACCCGUUAAUAAAGUACAAGGAACAGCUUUUCACGUUAUGUUGCAAUCUACUUAUGGGCAGCAUCCCAGAAUUACGCCUGCAUGCUGUCACCUGCCUGACUGCCAUGAUGUCAGCUAAGCUUCUUAGUACAGCAGACCAGGAGCUGAUGGCCGAUCAUUUGACUGGACUAGUCCUCACAGAUACAGAUGCCACACUCAGGGCCUCCUCCCCUUCUGUGGUCGUAGACAGAGUGAUACCAGCUCUGGUUAACUCCCUUCAUGCAGAAUCAGUUCACAUGGAAACUGAUGGACAAAAUCCUUCAUUGUGUAACAAUGUCUUCUGUCUGCAGACCAUGGUAUCCAUAGCAACACAUGAAAAUAUUGUACUUAAUGUACUGCCAGAAUUUAUUAAGUAUCUGAAAUACUUAUCCAGAGAAUCCAAUAGUGGUGACAUGGAGGACUGUGCUGUGUGUGUGUGUGAGUGUAUAUACCGUGUGAUGGAGAAGAUGAUGACCUCUGCCUCCGUGGUCCAGUACUGUCUGUCCGUCACCAUCCCUGAACUGGUAGGACUCCUGGUCAGCCAGGCCGUCCAACCUCAGACUAGCUCUCUCCUCCACUCUGAUGCUGCUGUGAAGAACGUCGCAAAAGCUGUACAGAUUUUAAUGACAAAGCUCUCGAAAAGUGAGAGCAAGGACUUCUCCACUGCUAUGGUGGAUCUGUUUUUACAAGGGACCCUGCCUGCCUCUAUAAGGGAUUACAAUAUCAAACUUGAUAUGCCAUUUCAGCCUCUCUCUGUUUCAUCACCAUGGAAACAGUCUCAGCUUGUUUGUGUAUUGACUGCAGUAGUGUGCUCCUUACCUAAAGAGGAUAGACUGAAAGAAGAGGCAGAGCUGUUAGAGAAACUGACAGACCUAGCCCUGAAGAAUCUUCACGCGGCUACCAGUGACUCAGCAGCCAAGUGUAUUGGAGGUUUAGUCAACAAGAUACCUGAUGAGCAGGAGUUAGGAUCAGUGGCGUCAAAGUUAAAGGGGAGACUAUCCGAAGUAGUCACAUCAAAAAUGAACCAAAGUGAGAGAUGCAGAGCUUUGACCGCAAUAAUCUGGUUGACUAAAGCUUUGGUAUUGCGUGGUCACCCUUUUUCUAGUGACCUCAUAAGUCAGAUUGUGUCUUGUCUGGAGGAUACUGAGCUGGGAUGUACAGCGGCUGAUGGUUUUAGGGUGCUACUCCAGGAGUGUGAUGAUGUAAUGACCCUGGCUCAACAAGCUUAUGUCAAGCUUAUGUACAGACAGAGAAUCUUCAUUGAAAACUUGCCCAAACUUGUGCAGGGCUUUAACAAAACUCAGCACGAUAACAAGAAGCACUACCUGCUGGCUCUGUCCCAUCUCGUGACAUUUGUUCCAAAACAAGUCCUACUCACAGAAGCAAACACUUUAGCUCCCUUGAUGGUGCACUCCCUGCUGUGUGAUGACAUAGACCUGCAGUUAGCCAACCUGUCCACACUCCGUAGUUUGAUCACUGAUGCCCCAGACCUCAUCUCCAAACAUGUUGACUCUUUAAUGCCACAGCUGCUGAAGCUGUCAUGUAAAGGUCAAACAAUGAAAGUGAGGAUAGGAGCUUUGAAAUGUUUGUCCUCAUUCACCCACCUUCCCCCUCAUGUGAUAAUGCCUCACAAGUCAAAGGUGAUACGAGCCCUGGAACCAGCAUUGGAUGACCACAAGCGCCUAGUGAGGAAAGAAGCAGUCAUUGCUAGAGGGGAAUGGUUUUUGCUUGGGGAGCCUAUGAAGUCAGCAAGAUGAUGUCAAAAUUCAUUUUACCAUUGAGUCUCUUCUGGCAGUGUUUUAUAAUUCUGCAUUACAUUCUGAUCAUGCAAAAUCUCCUAUUGUAUCUGCCCCCCCCCUCCCCCCCCUACAAAAAAAAUGUAAAACUAUAUUGGAAGUCUAAUUUUGUGGAGAAUACAUACAUGUCAGUAUUACUCAGCACAAAGCAUUAUUACAUGCAUAUCCAAAUACUUAAUAGCAGUUAAUUCCUUCUCUUAUACAUUAACAUAUAGGUAUAUAGAACAUAAGGCCAGUCACACUGCAUUCCUAGUUUUCUGUCACCACCCACAUGUCCAUGCCU